AUGGAGGCGCUAGGGGAAGGGAGCCGCACCAAGGCGAACUUGGUGGGAGCGAUCAUGGCGGUGAAGCGUCUGUCGGGGAAGACGUACGGGCAGAUAGCGGCGGAGACGGGCCUCACGAACGUGUACGCGGCCCAGCUGCUGCGGCGGCAGGCCCAGCUGAAGCCCGGGUCCGCACCUGCGCUGAAGGCGGCGCUGCCGCAGCUCACCGACGAGAUGUUGGAGGAGAUGAUGAGACCGCCCAUGCGUUCCUACGACCCCAAUCUCAUCCAGGAGCCGUCCGUUUACAGGUUGUGCCUCAAGCAUCUUCCCUUUCUUCUCCCCCUCCAUCCCUACUGUUGAUUAUCUGAUUCUCGUCCUGUUCAUCUCUUCCCGGACCCUUUACUCGGUUUUCUCCGGAAAUUUCGAACCGUAAACUCGAAUUCUCAGAUCGAUGCUACGAAAAUCGUUUGCGUGAUUCAUAUUUUUCAAUCGUCAUGCUGAGAGACUUAUCUUGACGCCACGGAAUCACGUUCCUUUUUCUUGCAGACUGAACGAGGCCGUGAUGCACUUUGGGGAGAGCAUCAAGGAAAUCAUCAACGAAGAGUUUGGCGACGGCAUGUAAGCUACUUUGCCCUCCCCUUCUUCGUCGCAUGAGCAUCAACGUAUUCAGCUGAUUCUAAGGUCAAGCAUCUGCUGUCGAAUGCAGCUGAAAGUCGAUGAUGAUGACGCGCAUGAUCCAGUUUGCCUAUUUGGUCAAAAUAAUUCGUACUAACAUUACUUUAGAAAAUCCUAUUCAUGACUUGGAGUCCUACUCCCAUUAUUUCCAGUUUGCCCAUUAUAUAUAUUUGAUGUAUUAUUCACUGUAGGCAGUGGAUACUUCAUUCUUAGAUCAGAUUGAGAGCCCGGGCUGAGGUCUCUUCUGAAUUCCUCCAGCUCCAGUUUGUUCAUUUCAUUUGGUCAAACGACGGGUUGUUGAAUAGAUUAUGCAACAUUACAUUCGAAUCCUAUGCAUCAUUUUAAGAGCCCUAGUCCCCAUUUAUUUCCCUCCUGAUCCCUAUAAUCUAUAUAUAUAUAUAUAUAUAUAUAUAUAUAGAAACCAUAUGUUUUUAUUCGGAACAUGCAAAUGUGGGUAGAUAUUUUCUCCCAAGCGAUGCCCAAGUCCCAUUUUUAGCACAGAUUGAAAGCCCGGGCUGAGUCUUCUCCUGAAUCUCCCCUGAUUUAUAUUGCCCGAGGUUACAUGACAGGCCACUGAUUACGGUUUCUUCUGAUGGGAAUCAGGCUAGUGGAAGCUUGGUUGACUUCUUAUUUCUCAACAUGUAGACAAGCCGAUCAUAAUCCUCAAUUAGGGCUCAAAUGGGGGUUUUGGGGGGCUAAUUAGGUCCUAUUUUGGAAUCAGGCCAACCUCAAAAUUUCCUCUUUGGUGUUCAUUCCGCGUAUAUUUUAUCUUGUUUUUCUUUCCAAAAUCGGUAGCAGUGGUUGCAUGGGGACUCUCCCUGGAUAAUUUCUUUCUCUAUCUGGUCGCCCUCCUCUUCCUCCUAUCAUUCUCUAAUCUAUAAGCUUCUGUCCCCUGCUGGUGCUUCUCCCUGCAUGCAGUGGCAGUGAGGACUGCCCAUGCAGAUUUCUUGACCAUUCCAUGGCCAUGAGUUGACCACGGUGUGGUCAAUAGAUCCGUGAGUUCGGUCGGAUCCUUUGUGUCGUCCCUCUGGUUGACCUAUUCAUAUCUGAACCUCUCAAUAAUCCUACGAAUCAAGGGAUAUCUAUAUAUUCACAUGCAUACACUUAAUAAGAGAAAAUCACCCAUUGCUCCAUGUGACUUUACCGAGUUCAGUGGAUCUACCUCUCCUCUUUCUUUUAUUCUUAUGUGUUUGACCGGCAAUUGUUUUUUCCUUCAGAAUGUCGGCCAUUGACUUCUUCUGCUCGGUCGAUAAAGUCAAAGGGGUCGACGGGAAAGACCGUGUGGUUGUCACAUUCGAUGGCAAGUACUUGCCAUACAGCGAGCAGGUCAACGGCCUUUCUUUCAUCACUCCAGCUUAACAACGUUAAUCGUAAGAUGGCAGAAAAUAUAUAGUUAAUAACUAUUUCCUUGGGUUUACUGGGGUUGACUUUUUCCUGCAGCUGUCCGAGCACAUGGUCUCCAGGCCGAGGCAGUAG